AUGGCACACAACCUCACCCGAAGCUUCGCUUGCCUUCGGGUGUCAGCUGCUACUCCAAGCACCCUCGCUCGGCCAGCUCCUUUCUUCCAGCAGAUCGCCUUUGUGUCCUACAGGCCCAACCCUCUCGCCCCUCGACGACCUCAUCAACCUCCUCCGGUCAAAAUCCAUCCAUCCGAACGACCUCUUGCCCGAGAACCUCUCAACCCGCCGACGAUAACCGAGGAAGAACUCGCCAGCAGGCCUUAUGUUAUCCGCCGCACACCCUAUGCUCAAUUACCUGUAUACCGCGUGUGGAAGUCAGGCGGCACCAGAGAAAUCAUCCUAGUCAAGAAGGUCAACGGCAAUAAGCAACAACUGGUGAAGGAGCUCAAAGAGAAGAUCGGCAUCGCCCAAGAUAAAAUCAAGAUCAAUCCCACGACGGGACACAUAGAAAUCAAUGGUCAUUAUUUGGACAAAACGAGAGCUCACCUCAUUGAACGAGGAUUUUGA